ACCCACUACCCACCACUCCCCGCCCACCCCUCGCUUUUGUCACGAUUGCGCCCUCGUACCACACGCGCAUGCCGACCUUUGCAGACUCUUUUCGCCUUUUACUCUGCAAUAAUCCCACCACCACUCUCUCCGCCCACCACCCGCGUCGCAUUACACAAUCAACCCGCCUGAUCGAUCAAAGCCGCCGACCAUGGACUUCAACAGCUCGUCGCCCUUCCCGGAGGGCGUCAUCUCCUUCUUGGACACCGACCUCUACAAGCUAACGAUGCAAUGCGCUGUCUUCAAGUACUUCAAGGAUGUUCAAGUCACCUACGCCUUCACGAACCGCACUCCCGAGAAGAAACUAUCGAGGGCCGCCUUCAACUGGCUGCAGGACCAGAUUCAAAAGCUCGGCAACAUCUCCCUCUCGGACGAGGAAUUUCGUUUCCUCAAGACCCAUUGCGAUUACCUGACCGAUGACUACGUCCGCUUCCUCAAGGACUUCCGCCUGCGCCCGCGCGAGCAGGCCGUUGCGACCUUCCGCCCCGUCGGCCCCGACACCGGCGCCGAAUCCGACUCGGACAUUGGCGAGCUGCACGUCGAGAUCAAGGGCGCCUGGCUCGACACCAUCCUCUACGAGAUCCCCCUGCUCGCCCUGACCUCCGAGGCCUACUUCCGCUUCAUGGACACCGACUGGACCUACGACGGCCAGGAGGACCAGGCCUUCGCCAAGGGCAUGCGCCUGCUCGACGCCGGCUGUACCUUUUCCGAGUUCGGCACCCGCCGCCGCCGCGACUACCACACCCAAGCCCUCGUCUUCCGCGGCCUCGUCAAGGCCAGCAAGGAGGCCGAGAAGCAGGGCCUCAAGGGCAAGCUGACCGGCACCAGCAAUGUCCACCUCGCCAUGCGCUUCGGCAUCCCCCCCGUCGGCACCGUCGCCCACGAGUGGUUCAUGGGCAUCGCCGCCAUCCACGACGACUACAAGGCCGCCACCGAGCUGGCCCUGCGCUACUGGGUCGGCUGCUUCGGCGGCAAGCUCGGCAUCGCGCUGACCGACACCUUUGGCACUCAGGAGUUCCUGCGCGCCUUCAGCCAGCCCGUGCGGCCCGUCGACGGCGACGGCAAUGACUCCAGCUUCAAGACCCCCGACGGCAGCAGGCCGUUGACCUACGCCGAGCUGUUCCAGGGCGUGCGCCAGGAUUCGGGCGACCCGGCCGACUAUGUCAAGAUGCUGCGCCAGUACUACGACAGUCAGGGCAUCAAAGACAAGAAGACUAUGGUGUUUUCCGACUCGCUCAACAUCGACCGGUGUCUCGAGUACAAGGCCAUCUCCGAGGAGGCCGGCUUCACGCCGACCUUUGGCGUGGGCACCUUCCUGACCAAUGACUUCACGCACCUCAAGACGGGCACCAAGUCGGUGCCGCUGAACAUUGUCAUCAAGCUGAGCUCCGCUAACGGACGGCCGGCGAUCAAGAUCAGCGACAUCAUCGGCAAGAACACGGGCGAUAAGGAGACUGUCAGCAAGGUCAAGCGCCAGCUCGGCUACGUCGAGAAGGAGUGGACGGGCGGCGACGAGACGCAGCGCUGGGGCAAGGACGAGGACAAGGCAUAGACGGUAGGGAAGCAGCUGGACAUGUCUCGCGAGGGGCAGACCGGGCGAUUCGACAGUGAGACAGACUGGGGAUCUGAGGAGUCCGACGGGAGGGUAGAGCCCGCCCGGUAUCACGACAUGACGGUAGGAGGCCUGCUGGAAUCGGCAGGGCCUCGAUUAUGACGACCAGGAGGUAUAGACUUUUGCAAGAUACCUAUUAACACAUUGAAAUUAAACUAGGGAAAGACCCACGAUGUCACAGAAUCAUUUGGAAACGCCUUCACGAAUCUUGUCAUUCAUCCCCUUGCCUCCAUGCCACAGCGUACAGGCAAUGACAGUCACAUCCCCUAGCAGCAGCACGAAGAGGCCCUCAGGGCAGCUACUACCAAGUCGUUUAGUCGGUCGGUCAACCCGCCAGUUACAUCUGUCUUUAAAGAAUGGGUUUCUCGCCUUCC